AUGCCUGCUACAGCUAGCGCCUGCCGCCGCGAAAAGAACAACCAGACUGCUCGCAACUCCGCGCGUCCUGCCUGCCCUGAUCCCUCGUCCCGCUCCUUCUCCCUCGACCAGUCCCAAAGACGACGUAGCAGCUGGGCCCGAGGACCCUUCUCCGCAAGCUGCUCCAGCGUCUCCCUCCCCGACCCCGACUCCGCCCCCGUCAUCACCCUCACCCAUCGAUCCUGCCCCGCUUGGCUCCUCGGCGUGGUGUGCAAGGGCCCGCACUUCCGAUCCAUCGACCAGCACGGCAGCCUGACGGACGGAGGAGCGUACGAGAGGCUGGGGAAGAGCGCGCGGGCGUGCCUGGCCAAGUCCAUCAGCCGGGACGGGAACUUCACGAGCGUCAGGCUCCCGACCUUCCAUCAGGAGCUGGAGUGCGGGGGCCGGGAGGGGAGCAGCGUAGCUACAAGAGAGGGAAGCAACGGGGAGGAGGCGCCGUACGAUGAAGGGGGAGAGGAGGAGGGGCUAUCAGGGCGGUACUUCUUGGAGUAG